AUGUCUUCCUACAGCAAUCCCACGGGCAGUGGGCUGCCUGCUGCUGCAGUGUUAGGCCGCAACCUUCCCUCAUCGCAGCCUUCGGCCAUGGCUGGUGCCACUCCGGGCCUUUCGUCCGUGCCCGGUCAGGUUCCUGCAUUGCUGGGCGGUGCCGGCCCUGGAGGUUAUCGUGGAGGCUUGGAUGGUGCUUAUGGGUCUUCUCAGUUUGGUGCUCCUGGUCUAGGUGGGUUCGGAGGCCUUGGAAUGGGCACAGGAUCUUCGCUGUAUCGCGUGCCUCCGACCUCAAUUGGGGUGCCUUCCGGGGGUUAUUCGGAAAGCGCGCACUAUUCUCUGUCUUCGUCGGCGUACCCAAGCCAGCAUCUCCAGAAAAUUGGUUCAUCUCCUGGGCCCGGGGCUGUGGUUCCAAGUGCGGCAGGACUUUACCCGACCUUGCCGCCGUAUUUCUGA